AGUGAUGAAAUUGGAAUUCCCCGUGCGGAGCCUCUAGAACGAACAGGAAACCAACAUGGAUGUGUCUGACACUCAACCAGGAAAGUGUGGAAAAGAUUGGAUGAGCCAGCUACCACGUCAUUUGCAGACAGUGCCACUUAACAAACUUGCAAUUCCAGGAUCUCAUAAUUCCUUCUCCUACAGUUUGGAUCCACUGUCACAGGUAGCCCCAGACCAGCCAAGGGAAAUCCAAGCGGUUGUCCACAUGUUUGGAGCACCCGGACGUGACGUCAUUCAUCGUUGGUCUGUAACACAAACCCUGACGGUGGAACAGCAGCUGAACUCUGGAAUUCGAUAUUUUGAUAUUCGUAUUUCUCGACACACUGGGUCUGGAAAAGUAUGUUUUAUUCAUGGACUUCAUGGGGCAGAUGUCAUCCCUUGUUUGGAAGACAUGAAGAAAUUCCUUAGCAAUCAUCCUAAAGAAAUUGUGAUUUUAGAUUUCAAUCAUCUGUAUGAAAUGGAGGCAGGCCAUCAUGCGUCUUUGCUUCAGGCCAUAACCGAGAUAUUUGGAAACAAGAUAUGCCCGUUUUUGAACAUGGAGUGCUUAAGCCUUGAAAUGCUCUGGGAGAGUGAACUUCAAGUUAUCAUUUUAUACCAUAAUGAGGCAGUAUCUGAAAACCCGUUUUUCUGGUCUGGGUCAUUUAUUAAGUCACCAUAUACUAAUUCAACGGACAUUUCUCAUCUUUUAUCAUUUUUGGACAAACACAAAAAAGAAAAUGACGACCCGGAACGAUUCUUCUGUUGGCAAGGGAUACUGACACCGUGCGCUCAGACAAUCAUUUCUCAUUUCUCCGGAAGCUUAAAAGAUGUGCUGGCCUCGAAGUUAGCGCCAUUUUUUGUCACGUGGGUGAAAAAUGGUAAAAGCAUAAACUGUAAGCAUGGUAUCUUCAUCAUGGACUUUGUUGAGAUGGCAGACUUCAUUUCCUGUGUGAUCGAUCUCAAUUAUUGAUGUUUAAAUUGUUGUUACACGUGACCGUGGCACAUUUUGAGAGAUGAAAUUAAAUCUGUAACAGUAUAAA